CUGGACGCCUUGAGGCCAGUGUUGCAUUCUGCACCUUAUUCUAAUAAUCGUAUCCGUAGUUUUCAUACUGUUCUGCAUAGUCAUAACUAGGAGGGCAUGGCCCAUAAUACAUGUUGUUGUAGAAAUCACCAGAUUUAGAGUCGAUUCAUAAAGAACCUGAUUGUCGGCUGCGAGUGCGAGGCCGCGAGCAUAUUAAAUAACCAGCCCCCCAGCCUUGAUCUUUUCCUUCGGUCUCCCCCACGCUUACCGGGGCUAACCAAGGUUGCAAGCGCGGGACAGUCAGACUCGCUUCAAGACCAACUCCGAUUCUCGGGACCUAUCUUAAAUAACUUGGUCCGGGUCGGGUUGAUCAGAGCUUUGAAUCCCCGCUUGCAGCCGCUUGUCUGACGGUCGAGCCUGAGUACGCUCGUCUCUUUCCUCGCGCGCUCCCCGGCUCCCUGAAUCGCUCGUCCUGUCGUCUGUCAACUUUCCUUCGCGUCUUUUAUGCAGUCCGUCGAACCACGGAAAUGGCAAGAUGAUCGGGAUUCACCCUACAGCCGCAACCCCACCGGAACUGGCUCCACUGGUCUCACUCUCCUGGUCGCAGGAUGUCGAGGAGGGAAGAGUUCUUUCCUCCGCUUACUCGUCGACACGAGCGCCAUCUCGGCAGACGCGCCCCCCGAGCAGAUUCAGGCCCUGGCCAAGUUCAUACAAGCGUCCAAUGCCCCAACUUCGAAUAUAAGAACGGUCGAUUUCACCGUGUCGACAGACUCGGGACAGGACCUUACCCUGACACUCAUUGACACUCCGGCGCUGGAUGCCCAAGACGAGGCGCACAAUGCAAGGGUCGUGUUGGAGAUGCUUCAUUCGAUCGAGUCGCGGUUAGCGCAAGGAGAAGACGAGGAAUGGACCGCCAAAAACGGGGACCCUUAUGUCCACUUGUGCAUUUACUUUCUUGACCCUGAUCAAAUUGUCCCUCCACCAUGCCCCAUUCCAGUCCUUCCCCGCUCUCGGGCCGACAGUUUUUCUCAAGGCGACUCGGAGCUCACUCUGGAACCUCCCCUGCCCAGCAAUCCAUUGUUGCACCGCCCAUCCCUUCCUCAGUCCGAGAUACAAACCAUCCGCCGGCUCUCCUCGCGGGUUAACGUCCUUCCCGUGAUAGCCCGUGCGGAUCUCUUGUGCAACGAACGGCUUGCGGCUGUGAAAAUGGCCGUGCGAAGAGAUUUGGCUCUGAACGGCAUCGGAUUUGGCAUAUUCGACAUCGAUCAUCAUCCGGGCGCGGACAGAGAGUAUUCAAAUGGCACGAGCAACGGGACAUCAAAAUCACCGCCCAACUCUCCAUCGCUUUCGUCACCGCUUCUGAGACUCCCCUAUGCCCUUAUAUCUCCCGACGCCUAUUCUCAUAGCGACGGCGUCCAUCGGAUCCCUGUAUCCCGGCACGAACUCGCUGUCCAGUACACUCCAUCACCAACAUCUGCCUCCAAGCAAAAGCAAAGGAAAUACACGAGAUCCUAUCGCUGGGGCACGAUUGACAUUUUGGAUCCCUCUCACAGCGACUUCGUCCCGCUUCGCACUGCUAUCUUCCAUCACAUGAAGACCCUCCAGAAAUACACCAGAGAAUACUUAUUCGACAAAUUCCGGAUCGAAUGCUUGCCGCAGCGCUCCUCGAGUCGGCAUCUGCCUCAUCUAACGUCGCUGAGGCUGAGCAGCUCGGUAUCGCACGGAACCCGCCCGAUCUUGGCCAUUGACACAGCCCCCGAGAACGCUGGACCCGUUGUUGGUCGCCGUCACUCGUUACGGGAGAUCACCAUUGGCGACGUCCAUCCCUCGCGCAAUGAGUCCGCGACUGCUCCCGUUAUGGCCAGAGGGCCGGCCCCCGGCUCAGCCACCAUGGGAAGACAGCGGAGCAAAAAGAUCACCGUGGCAUGCAACUUUUGCCGAUCCCGCAAAUUGAAAUGUGACGGCGGCCGCCCUUCGUGCAGUCAGUGCGUGAAGCGCUCUCAUCCCUGCGACUACAUGGUCCAGAACCGGCGACGAACUACCGUACCGCUCAGCAAGGGGGACGAAAGCGACAGUGCGGAGAGUGUCGAGGAAGGCUUGAUCGAGAAUGCAGAUCAAUCUCUUUCACCUGAAGUAGUGCCGCGCCGAAAUCUGUCUCCGCUGCUGGACCGCAGAGACGAGCUCCCGCCGAUCGCCACUGUUUCUCGUCGGUCUUUGGACAACGAGUUGCCGCACAUCACCACCCUUUCUUUGCCCGACACCUCGCCGUCGACUCCCGGCCAGAUAUCUGCACCUUCUCUGCCGCCGAUCCUGCCUGCAUCGGAGCAACAAGCUGCGCAAAGGAAGCGCGCCGCGACUGCUUCGGGGAAACCCGCGCGUUUGCCGACCACUUCUGGUCCCAAAGUCGUUGCUUGCAAUCAUUGUCGAGCUCGCAAGACGAAAUGCGACGGGAUCCAUCCUUCCUGCUCGAGUUGUACGCGACGCAAUCUGUCCUGCACUUAUCUGCACGACUCGAAUGGGAAGAAGCCCAAUCGACGGACAUCUCAGCCCUCGGCUUCUCCCCCUCCUCUGCUUCCGGACGACGGUCCAGAUGAUCACAAGAGGCCGGUGGAUCACCUGGACACCAGUCGGCCGCCGAAGAAAAUGAAGAUGUCGAUGGGUGGCUCGCCCUGACCGACGGAUAUACCCGCGCAUCUUGCUGUGCCUACUACUAGAUACCUUCAUUUGUUGUCUCCAUCUUGUUGUCUUGGGUUUAGGCUUACUUGUAUCUGUAACAUAAAAUGGGCCACUGUAUACAACAUGCCAUCUCUUUGAUGCGCAGUGGCUGUGCAUUUGCUUGUCAAUCUAACUCAGGAAAGUGUCCUUGGCCCUGGCUUACCCACGCUCCUGAAUCUUUCCUGGUGGCCACAAAGGACGUUCACUCAUCCUUUGCCCUCUCCGCCUCUCAUUCGUCACUGCCAUGUUUUCCUUCCGUCGCAAGUCUACUACUCAACCAGAGGCUCCACGAAUCCGCACCUCCCCCUCUCUGCCAACUCUCAACAGUCAGGGAAUUCCAUGGCCAGAGAACCUCAUUGAUGUCGAGGCCAUCCGCCAGACUUCCCCAGAUCUCGAGCAGCCUAAAUCUCCGAUUCAAUCCGCUGCGCGGACCCCCAUUCCCUUUCAUAAACCCUUCCGCGCCGCUUCUGGCCACGCUGGAAAUGGGACCAUUUCUUCCCUGUACAUGUCUUCCCCACCGUCGGCUUUCAACACUCCAGAUGGCCGCAAGUCCUCCGCCUCCAACACGCGUCUGAGCAGUCAACGUCGGGCCAAAGUUCCUCCCACUUUCAACAUCAUGGUGGGUCUGGUACUCCUGCUUUGUGUCUCGCUUUCAUCGGGCUCUCACAGGUUGUGGGGAGCAAGGGCAUAGGCAAAACAAGGUGCGUGGCUUGGAGUCUGGUCGUAAUGCGGCACUAAAGAGGUUUAAGCUUGUUACGCUUGCUCUUGGAUACCGCCGAUGUGUCUCCGACCGCAACGGCCGACCAGCGGGCCGCCGCUCAUGCGUUCCUUCGCGGACAACCCAAAAGCACUCAGUCGAUCCAGACAGCCUGCGUGGAAAUCUGUGAAUCCCGCUUCGAUAGAGUGUUACUUUCGGUCAUUGACACGCCCGGACUCGACUUUUCGGAGGGUCGCGAGCUGAAGCUGGAACGCCAAGUCAACUCGGUCAUGAAGUACAUUGACGCACAGUAUGCUGAUACGAUGAGCGAGGAAUCCAAAGUGGUCCGUAAAAGCAAAGGAGACCAACACAUCCACCUGUGCAUCUACAUGAUCGACCCCACGUCAAUCAUGUCCAAGACUGGCCGCGCAGAGCAGUCUUCGCUGCCUCAGAAAACGCGAUCAGAAACUACAGUUUCAUAUCGCAAUCCUCCUGAUCUCGUGCCGGAUACUUCCUCGGACGACUCUGAGGAUGAAAGUGAGGGAGCCUUGACUAUGAGUCCAGCCGAGCUUCGCGUUAUCCGUCGCCUCUCGGCUCGGGUCAACUUGCUGCCCGUCAUUGGUCGCUCAGAUGCCCUGACGGAUACUAAACUGGCACAAGUGAAGACCGCUGUACAAGAAGGUCUUACUGGGGCAGGGCUCGAUUUCGGCGUGUUUAGUCCUCCCAGCUCGGAGACGGUUGAAACCCCGAAGCGACGUACUCGCUUUACCGAAGCGCACGGAGACGGAAAUGGGGAAGUGAAAGACGAAGAAGAGGAAGAGGAUGAACGCCAAUCGCGACCUGUUAUCAAGUUGAGGAGUCGCAACCGCGGACUAUCACGUUCGCGUUCUCGUCGAGAUCUCUCUCGUGCAGGAGACGACGACCGCCGGCCUGUCUCUCCCGAUGCCGAGAGUCUGGCUCAAGUUCGGUUCUCCGCUCACAUCGUCGCCAAGACCGACCUGAGCACGUUGUUGCCCUUUGCGCUGAUUGCGCCGGAAACUAGGCGGAACAAACGCGACUCGGAAGACACACACGCUCUCAACACUCCGUCUUCUCUGGUACGACAGUCUGAGGAUGGACACACCUCUGAGUCAUCUGUUGAUGACCAGACUCCGUCGACCCCGGCUUCUGCUCGCUCUGGCAGAGCCUUGCCUUUCUUGAAAGGCCCGAUGCACGACGAUCUCAAGGGUGUGUUUGUGCGCAAAUACCGAUGGGGAACCAUCGACGUCCUGGACCCCAGCCACUGCGACUUUGCUGCUCUCCGAACAGCCGUUCUGUCCACUCACCUCAAUGUUCUCAAAAACCACACGAAAGAACACUAUUAUGAGAAAUUCAGAACAGAGAAACUGCUCGCUCGCCGUGCAACUGCCAACUUUACUGAUGAAGAAACUCAGAGACUGCUGGAAGAUCUUGGAUUGUAAAACAAUCUCGAUGCUCAUCUAUCGCUGUAGGAAAUUACCAUCUGAUGGAUU